AUGAAACUUAUAGUUUGCAAUGAACUUCAAAGUAUAGAUACAACAAAAGUUUUGAACUCAGAUGCUUUGAAGAGUCUUAUAACAGACAAAGUUGGAGUUGUUGAAAGAAAGUAUAAAGACCAAAGAGUUUGUGAAAAUGUUGCAAACUUCAUUAUGGUUUCAAACAAUGCUGUUCCGAUGAAGUUAGAAAGUUCUGACAGAAGAUAUGUAGUUGUCAGAACGUCAGAUUCUCAUAUGCAAGAUACAGAAUAUUUUGACGACUUAGCAGAAACUUUGACAUCUGACUUUUACAACCACUUGUUCUCAUAUUUCAUGACAUUAGAUAUUUCUAAGUUCAAUCCAAGACAAAUUCCACAUACCGAAGAGAGACAAACAUUGUUAGAAGCAAACAAGAGUGUAUAUGAACUGUUCAUAGAUGAAACUGACUUUGAGUGUUUAGAUGAAAAGUCUUUAUAUGAUGAAUAUAAACAAUAUUGUCAUGAAUAUGGUUAUAUGGCAGCUUCUAAACGAACAUUCUUGGCAAAUGUCAAAAGUCUUUUAGAUGUUCAGAAUGGUGUAUAUACAAAGAAAAAUUUUUCUGAGUAA